AUGGACCCAGAUGAUGAGGGAGGAUUUUGCGAUGAAUGGCCAGACCAGUGGACGACCGUUGGGAAGCCCCGCGCCGAGCUGCAACCGCAUGAUUUGUGCCGAGCUGCCUUGCAGGGCGAUAUACGCUUAGCGGGCUGGGCUUUGGAGCGCCACAACCCUGAUGCCGAAGCCAAGAAAGGAUGGACGGCGCUUCACCUUGCAGCGGCGGGGGGGCAUCAGGACAUUGCCCGAGCUUUGCUGAAGCAACAGGCGCAAGUGGAUCAGGCCAUGCCUGUUUCAGCCCUCUCCUUGGCCUGCUUGACGGGCAAGCGAGACGUAGUGGAACUGCUGAUUUCCGCUCUCGCUCAGCUGGAUGGGCCCGAUGGGAAUGGAGGAGCCCCUCUAUUGCAUGCUGCCUAUAAGAACCGCUUGCCCAUUUGCCAGCUGCUUUUAGAUUCGGACGCCAGUGCUCAGGUGAGCUUCGGACCGGCGGGCGCCUCGCGCCUCGCGCCGGUCCGGCGCCUUCGGGGCGAAGGGGGCGAAGGGAGCCCUCGCUGGCAGGAGGUCCUGUGUGAGAGUGGCUUCACGCGCUUGGAGGAACUGCAGUACUGUGAGGGAAUCACGGCUUUGCAUUUAGCGGCUUGGCAUGGUAACGCCUCCUUGUGCCUAGCCCUUCUGGAUGCGCAUGCCCGACCAAAUGCACAAGAUUCCGUGGGCAGGACUGCGAUCAGUUUGGCUGCCCAACGAGGUCACUUGCAAAGCACCAUGCUACUUCUGGAGCAUCGCGCCCAGCCGCAGACGGCCGACGCCACAGGCUCCACCGCGGUGGGCUGGGCAGCGAAGAUGGGGCAGAAGCCAGUGGUUGAGCUCUUGCUGGAGAAAAUGAGCAUCGACUUCGUCCCAUGGUUGGGCGCGCCGACGAUGCUCCAUUUGGCUGCCUACCAUGGUCGCCAGGGUGUGGUAGCCAUGCUGCUAGCGCAGCAUGCCAACACAGACGUGAGUCUUCAACCUGGAGGCAUUCGCCCUCUCAUGGUGGCCGCCUUCCAAGGCUCGGCGGAGAUUUGCCAGCUGCUGAUCUCAAGCCAUGCUCAUGUGAAUCAGAAGGAUGAAGAAGGCGCCACAGCAUGGCAGUAUGCUGCACUGGCAGGCCAUGAUCAAGUGUGUGAGCUUUUGGUGACCUUUGGAGCUGUCGAACUCGACUGA